UUCGACCCGCGGUUCUGGGACAUUUGGACGAGAAUCCGCUGUUUUCGUGUUGCCCUCUUUGUAUCUUCCAGCGCGGAUAACAAAGGGAGAGUAGCUGGCUCAGAUUGAGUUGUUUGUUUCUGCUGUUUGCACACGGGGUGCUGUUAAAAACCAGAUUUCUAUCCUGAUAGGGGUUUUCUCGGGUUGUGCUUGCAGAGCUCAGACAAACGUCACCGACGGGACUUAAUCCUACGGGUCUUCGGUGGUGAUCGGGGCGUUUGCAUGUUCUUUUUUUCAUUUCCGCCGCUCUGCCGUGAACGUCAGCUGGAGGGGAUCAGUGUGUCAUCGGCUAUGUGGUGGUGGGCUGCAGACCUCCACACUGACACAGACAGCACAUUGUGACGCAGUUGUGUAAAACAUCUUCGGCUGCCUCGUGCAGGUCUGCUGUGGCGUUUUGGCUCUUCCUAUAAGCUGCUGCUCAGCGUCUGCGCAGAACCUUCCUAUCUGUAGUCUCUGCGUUCCGUUAAUCCAUCAAUGUUGCCAGUAUUCAGUCAGUUGGGUUAAAAUGUUGGGAAGCAGAAGGCUUUGAAAGAAACACUGGUUUCGGGAAGGUCUGGGAAUUGUAGUUCGUUAUCGAAGUGAGCGUGGCUCCCGAAGCCGUCCGUAAACGGAUUGAACUACAACUCCCAUGAGCUGCAGCGUUGGGGUACUUUCUAAACUCUCUACAAGUUGCGCAUCUGCGCUGCUAUGUUCGGUAUGCGGCUAGCGCUAUCUGUGCGCCGCUACUCUGCUGUUUGGUCGCUUCUGGCUCCGAGAAUUGAUGGAGAAUUGAUGAAGAAAGCCUAAAUCUCGGAGCGCCAUCGUGAACUGGAGAGUGACGAAGACCAUGAUGUAGUUGGAGUCAACGUUUCCACCGAGCUUCCAUUAGCGCCCGCGGACGGUUUCUGGCUUUUCUGCAGAGGUUGACCCGGGAAGCAGGCGACAGGAAAUCCGCGAGGGUCCUGAGGUCAUUGAUCCGAUCAACAGCCGAUUCCUGUUCAGGACGGUGUCACCUCUUUGGAUGACGGUGUGCAUGAUGUAGCUGUCAAGUCAUCCCUUUAAAGGACCACUCUUGAAGUUUAUUUGGAUAAACAGACUUGAACAGAAGUACAGCAAGUAUACUAUAGAGCGAGUAUGUGUAGUGGAGGAAAAAUACUAACCCAAUACUUCUAAGUCGGAACGUUUUCCAUCCAUCUCUUCUAAACUCAUUGUGUCCCUUUUGGGGUCACAGUCACUUGUGAGCGAAGGCCGGGUCCACCCUGGAGAUUUUCAGCUUAAUUCACAUCUGACGACUCUAGCCAGCAUCCACAAGAUUCACCACACUUUGCACAGGCUGAACCUGACUGAAGACAUUGGACAGGACAGCCACCCAUCAGCUUGCUGCUCAAGAGCCAUGCCACCAAGGAAAAAGAGGAGACCCUCUGCAGGAGAUGACAUGUUGGCUAAAAAAAGUCGCCAGGACAGUGUUUUCAGAAGACAUGAAACCUCCCAAAUCCGAGAGGAGGAGACAUUUUCAAGCAAAAGGUGCCUGGAGUGGUUCUAUGAGUACGCUGGUUGUGAUGAUGUUGUGGGUCCAGAGGGAAUGGAGAAAUUCUGCGAGGAUAUUGGCGUGGAGCCAGAGAACGUGGUGAUGCUGGUUCUUGCAUGGAAGCUGGAUGCCCAGAGUAUGGGAUAUUUCACCCUGCAGGAGUGGCUGAGAGGCAUGAGCUCCCUUCAGUGCGACUCCACAGAGAGGCUGAGGAACUCCCUGGACUACUUGAGAUCUGUCCUGAACGACAGCACUAGUUUUAAGCUCAUUUAUAGAUACGCCUUUGACUUUGCUCGGGAAAAAGAUCAGAGGAGUUUGGACCUGAACACAGCCAAGUGCAUGUUGGGGCUCCUGCUGGGAAAGACAUGGCCCCUUUUUCCCGUCUUUAAUCAGUUUUUAGAGCAAUCCAAGUACAAAGUCAUCAACAAAGACCAGUGGUGCAAUGUCUUAGAGUUCAGCAGGACAAUCAACCUGGACCUCAGUAACUACGACGAGGACGGUGCCUGGCCGGUUUUGUUGGACGAGUUUGUGGAAUGGUACAAGGAGAGGCAGAUGUCCUAGCUGCAGGUGGAUGGCGGAAGAAAUGACAACUGUGACCACUUUUGAAUAUCAAUUUAACAACACAAACAUGGUUAAGCAGUGACAGUGUGUGCUUCUUGGUAGAGGAGGUCUUCAGGCUGUGGGUGGGCGACAAUUUUGGGACUAGGGGUCCACUCGGUUUGCAUUUCAAGUGCUGCCCAAAGGGUCCGGGCGGAGGGCGGUCACUGUGGGGGUUUACUGCUUACUGAAGCUGUGUAGCAGCGCCGUUCCCUGUCACUGUGACAUGUUGCUGUCUGUAUUAGGAUGCAAGCAAAAUGGCAUGGUGUGAGAGAAGCUUUCCUCACUGCUUUUCUUCAGCAGAGAGACACCAAGAGAAGUGACCAUCCAUGAAUUGUGAUGAGACUUAAACCGGGUUACUUUGACCAGGACACUUGAGUAUUAUUUCCUGUGCAAUGAACUAAAGUUUCUCUGAACGGAAAACACUAUUUUGUCUGGAGUUUGGUUGUACUUCGAGAAGCACACUGUGUCAACGAGUUGAAGGCAGGUUUCUGAUGCCUGUGCUGUUUACUAUCAAUAUGUGCCAGUUAUUUUUUUGCCUCCAGUUUUGGUUGACAUUUACAAACCCCCUGCAAAGGCUCCAGACCUUGUUACACCAAACAAAUCUGCAUUGCUGCUUACUCUUAUUUCAAUACAGUGCUCUGUUCAGCAGUUCUUGGUCUGACGACCAAAGAAUGUGUCUACGUUGUGUAGGUAAGAGUAUUAUUGUGCCUCAAAACUUGGAAGUCACUUUUUGCGUCUCCACACACAAACGCACAUCCCAGCAAACCUAAAACUCCACACUCAUGCAAGAAAAUAUACUCCAUACUUGAGCAUGCAGUUACACACAAGUGGUUAGGGAUUACUUCAAGAAACAUUCAAACUGUUUGAGUGUCAUGAUAAGUUAUCAUGGAACUAGAAGGGGUCCAGGUUGUGCUAGUUUAUGGAAUCUGUUUUGUCUUCCUCAGUUCACUGAUAGUUUCAGGUUUCUUACCAGUAGCAUCUCCCAACACUGACGGUGUAAAUGCAGUGGAGGGCUUCCUGAGGAUACUGGCCUUUAGGCAGUGAGGAAGUGAUGGAAACAGUGAAGGUUUGGAGCUGCGUGAAGAUGCUUUGUCGCUCUGUUCGCCUCGUGUAAAGUUCUCGUAACACAUGUAUAAAUUCUCUGUCUUUGGUUGUGACGUGAUGAUGAUUUAUCAGAAGACCUGCUAUUUGCAUGCUUGCUCAUACAGAGCCCCAGGUGAAUGGAUGAGAUUUUUGAAAACAUUUUUCAAACAUGUUUUGUACAGGAGGUUGGUGCAUGUGAUUUGUGUAUCAUUGGACUUUUUUUUUCUUUUUAAUAAGAAAACAUUGUUUUGUCUGUUUAGACCUGAACACACAUGUAACAUCAGGGUGGAAUAGGUAGUCCUCCCUGCAUUUGUCCCACCUUUCACACCUGAAACCACAGUCAAUUUAUGGAGAAAUCAUUUUAUUCAUUUCUUUAGUGGAAGUACAUGUUUUUUCCCUGCCUAUUCAGCCAUUAUUGCAGUGAUUUAAAAACAGAAAAAAGAAAAAAAGCUUCAGAUGGUCAUUCAUGUGAGAUUUAAUUAAAUCCAUUGUAGCCAAAAAAAUCCCUCUCCUUGUGAUGCAACAACCAUCAACAUAAACUUGUAAGUAUUUGAUUGUUUGAAUACUUUGAAGAACUUAUUUUUUAUUCACAUAAGAAAAUGCAGGAAGAACAGUAUUGUUCUAGUUGUACAUAAUGUAUGUAAAUUAUUAUGUGUCUCUGUCUGUUUUCACUAUAACCCGUGUCUAUAUACAAGAAUAAAGGGUUUAUUAA